AUGUAACUUUCCCGGUGAAAAAUUAAUCAUUCGAUUGUGGGGCUGUGCGAGGAAUGUAUUGUGCUGACAUGAAUGAAUGUCGAGGGAUAGAGACAACAUUGGGGGCAGACAUCCAUGUGUCACCAGGCAGAAUUAUCCGGAGGUCAAUUACGUUGCUACUGUGACAGGUAAGGACGCUAUCAGAAACAAUAUUCUUUGCCAGGGACAAGGCAAAAGUUAAACGAUUGAAAAUUAUGGAGGGCCAUCUAAAUGAAGAGAUCUUGAGCAAGUUAGACAAACUGAAGAAAGAUGCACAGGUUGAGGAGGACGAAGAGGAGGAAAUUGAUGAUUUUUGGGAAAAAAAAGAGCAUGAAAGAAAAAUGAAACAUAUGAAGGAAGUUGAAGAGCAGAAAUCAGGGAAAGGGAAGGAAGAGAAACAUGCCAAAGCAAAUGCUGAGCAAGAGAGCCAAACGGAACAAAUAGGAAAGACUGCUGGAGAAGCUGAUACAUUUGAUAUUGCUACGGAACAGGAGAAUCUCAGUCAAAAGGAAGUAAAAGAGAAUAGAACCGCUAUUGAGACCGAGCAAAGAAAGGCGGUGGAAGAAGCUGAUCGGGAAAAAACGGCAGAGAAGCAAAGGUUGGCAGACGAAAAGAAAACUGCCGAAGAAAAGAACAAGGCCGAGGAAAUUGAGAGAAAAAGGAUAGAAGAGGCAAAGAUAAAGGCACAGGAAGCUGAAAGAAAGAGAGCUGUAGAAGAAAGGGAAAAGGCCGAGAAGGCCGAACAGGCAAGGAUGGAAGAAGAAAGGAAAAGAGUCGAAGAAGAGAAGCGUAUUGCGGAGGAAAACAAGAGAAAGGCAGCAGAAGCGGCAAAUGCAGAGAAGCAAAAAAUUGCCGAGGAAAAGAAGAAGCAGGAGGAAGCUGAAAAGAAAAGAGUAGCAGAAGAAGCUGAAAGGAAAAGAAUGGCUGAAGAAGAAGAGAAGAAAAAAGAACUGGAAGCAAAGCAAAAAAGAUUAGCUGAAGAUGCCGAGAAAUUAAGGGUUGAAGAAGAGAAAAGAAGAAUAGCACUGGAAGUUGCACAGAAGAAACUAGCCCAAGAGGCUGAAACGAAAAGACUGGCCGCUGUGGAGGAGGAGAAGAAAAGGUUGGCAGGUGUGGCGGAGAAAAAGCACCUCGAGGCUCAACAGAAGCGGCUUGCAGAAGAGGCUGAAAAGAAUAUGCUAGCAGUUGAGGCGGAACAGAAGGCAAUAGAAGAACAACAAGAGAAGCUAGCGGCGAAAGCCGAGAAGAAAAGAAAAGAAGCCGAGUCUGCCAAGGCUGAAGCCUCAAGACUUGUGAAGGAGGCAGAAAUGAAAAAACAGGCGAAGCUGAAACUUGCAGAGCUAGCCAAACAGAAGUUUGAGGCUCAAAAGCUAAAGGAGAGGCUCAAAGCGGGGUUGAGCGCAGACUCUGCUACUGGAUCUUGCAAUGACGAGCCGGGAGCAGGCGAAGAGGAUGAGGAUGAGGAUGAGGAUGAGGACGACGACGACGAUUCUGUAUACACCUACUCCACAGCUGUGACCGAGUCUAAUCACGACGAAGAAUGGGACAACCUUGUGCUACAGCUGCAAGUCGUGAUUGCGAUAGUGUUGAUUCCAUUAGCGGGCAAGUUUUUAGGCCGUAGGUUUGCCCACAAAGUAGGAAGCUUUGUGUCUGGGUGGUUUUUCAGCAGAAAUGGCAAUUAAAUAUUUAGUCAUAAUACUGACAUGUGCAUAUAACGUUUGAAGGACGAUCUAUUUAUCUAUAAAUAUAGCGGCACAUCUCUGUUCGGCAGUUUGUAUCUGACCAUUUGUUCGAAAGAGAUUG